AUGUUCGGUCGCAGACCAUGGAAAAACGUCCCAUUUCCCCCUUGGAUUCAGGGUGGUAAUGAGAGAAUAUCAGAUGAAGAGUUUGAAUUUGAUGGCGAAACCGAACACAAACGUGCGAUUGAAAGCAUCGGUGGUGAGAUGAACAUGGACUUUGAUCGAGGUGUUUUGGCAUCAUUUCAUCGUGGUCCUAAGGGUGAUGCAGGUGCAACUAUUGCUAAUAUAUAUCUUGGUGAAAUGUCAGAUAAUCGAACCAAAAUAUCAUAUGUGCUAGGGCGCUAUCCGGCGAAAUUUGAUGAAAGUGGUGAACUUGUUGACCCAGGAACUGGAUUUAUGUAUGAGACUGGUGAUCAUGUUUAUGUGAGCUUUUCUUUUACAUGGAAAGCCUUUUUUCAUAUGGCCUGUGGUAGCUUUUUAGCUCCUGGUAAAGCUCAAUAA